CAACGAAAACAUAAACUCCUCCUAGAGUCUAAGUUGCGCAAUAUCAUAUUCAAGCUGAAAUUUCUUGUAAAACGUUUACGAAUUUGAAGUACUUCACCUGGUACUGCGAAGUCCUUUGGGUAUAAAUUAGUGAACGCCUCUACAAAAUGGUAGGUUCUAUUGCAAAUAGAUGGGCAUAAUGUCUUUAAGAUUGUAUAGCUAAAAGGCGUCGUUGGCUUGCAAGAAAGCGCCACGCUACUCUGUAGCCCUCUAAGUAUUGCGUACAGAGUCAUGAAAGUUGGCAGUUAAUGAAAGAAUUAUGCUUGUUUUUUAACUAUGCUUCAUUCGUUCGUAAUUUUGUUAUUCAGCCGUUAUUAUAUAACGCUGGCAAAUUAAUCGAAGAAGAAACGAAACGAGCUAAAUGUUUGACCUGAAACCUUGAACAAUGUGGAAAUAGAGAUAUUCUAAAGCAAAACAGUAGAUCGGUUUUAAGAACAUUUCCUGUUCUUUUGUAAUUAUUAGUUUCUAAGAAGGAAAUUUGCAAAUAAGUAAAAAUUAGGCCAAAUGGCAUAUAAAUACUGCAGUCACAUUUUAGCCGUCAUUAAAAACGAUUUUAAAUUUCCAUUUUAAAAAUCUCCUUGGUUCUAGUAGACAACACUGACCACCUGCUUGACGAAGCAAUAAGACGCCAGAUUUGUGGUGUUUAUAGAUUCGUUAGCUGUAGAAGCAGUAAAAUGAGCUUGGACUCGACUGAUUCAGAAGUUAUUAAUUUUACUAUCAGCCUACUAUCUAAGAUAGAAAAACAUUCUGUACUUGUAGUUUUAGGAUAUUGGAAAUACAUCGUUCCAUUCUUGGCGUUUAAAUUUUCCCUUCAACGAAAAUUUGUUAUUAAUGUUUUAAAACCUAAACAGGAGUGUGUAAUUGCGUGCUUGGCAUUUAAAGGCCUUAUUUAUUUUCAAACGAGGCAGUUGUUAAUAUUUAAUUUCGUUCAGCAGGUUGCUAUUCUAUUCAGUGUUGAAAAUUUGACAUUGGCUACUCGCAUUUUAGCUUGUAAGUAGUCAUAAUGACACGUUAUGAAUUCUUCAAACGUUUUUAUGCGCGCUUUAAUAAAAGAAAUACUUUUAGAAAAGGCACAUCGGUAAAGGCGAUCUAACAUCGAUCAAAUUUAUCAAAAACAUAGGUCUUUGUGAUUUAUUUAAAUUAAACUGAAUUUAUCUUGACGACCAGAUAGCCUUACCCUCCCUAUUAUAAACAAACGUCCAAUUCGACGGCAAGUAAUUACACUACGUUUUUACACAACAAUAUUUUCCCUUUCUUUAUUGUGAGCGAUCUUAUCCAGUAAAACGGAACGUCAGAGACGCUAUAUCUAUUCCUUUAUGCUGGCAAAAUGGUUGCUUUCUGUGGGGAAUAGUAACUAACUGAGCUUUGAGAUACAACAAUGAGAUAAGCAUCUUAGUGCUGUUCUAUUAUCUAUUUCAAAAAGGCCGGCGGAAUUUGGGAAAUUGUUAUGGAGCAAAAGAAUGUUCUUAUUUCACCUUUCAAGAAUUUUAAUCGCUCUAACACAUAAUUUAAAGAUGUUAGAUUUGAUAAUUUUACUGAAGAAUAAUUAUAUGUUAUUCACCAGGCGGGAGGUCCGUGUGGGGAAAAUUGUGCCCGAGGUCUUGGAUACCAUGCGGUACUCAAGACAGAGGACACAUUUCUUCCCGAUACGGAUCAAGCUUGCCUAGUGGAUAACAUUUCUAUUUUAUUUUCAAACUUUACGAAAUGCUUUCCAAAAGAGCCCUGAUGAUUUAGAGCUCAGGUUUUUGAGUGUAUUUACGGGAAGAUCCUUCAUAAACGGAAUAAUUUUUUGAGCGAAUAGAUGGUAUAGAAAACAGAGGUAAGGCAAAUUAAAUCGACAGGCUUCACCGAAACAUUGAUGGGAAAAAAAUUCCCGCUCUUGAUACCAAUCAGAUCGUAGGAUUUGUAUAGUACCGUCCACUCAUGAAUCGAUAGUAGAAAAUGAUAUUUGUGUCUUUCAAUUGUACUUCGGUUUGCUCUAGCUCUAUUUGCAUUUCAUCCGCAUAACCAGAAUAUUUUAAAGACAGAGUUGAUUAACAUAUUCGUUAAUUAGCUUUCUAAAUGAUUACAAGUAGGUAAUAACAAUGAAUCUGUUAUUUAUUCCCCAACAUACGGUGGCCCACAACUGUCAGGCAAAAGAAAUAACCUCGUGGCAUGAGAAAUAACCUCGCAGCAAAAGAAAAGACACACGCCAAAAGGAACAACCUCACGACAGAGUGUUGGUCACUGAACUAGUGAGCAGCGCUCUGCGAACAGUGGUUGUAAAACUUCUAUAUUCUCCGACCCGUUUCAUCCAGCUGUCGUAGACUUCUUUAGGGAGUUUUACAAGUUAAAACUGAACGCCUGUAUUUAUAUUCUUUUUCUUUUGCCGCGAGGUUAUUCUUUUUGCCGUGAGGUUUUUUCUUCUGCCGUGAGGUUCUUUCUUUUGUCGUGAGUCUCUUUCUUUUGCAGCGAGGUCAUUUCUUUUGACGCGACAGUUGUGGGCCACUGUACCAACACCAUUCUACCGUUUAUUUGACAGAAGGCCUCCGUCAUUACAGCGAAAACCUAUCAUAUACAAUUAUUAUUAAUUAGCUAGAUCAGUUUUUUAUUACAUUAAAUCCCAUUCCGAACUGUUCAACUAUUGAUAAGUUCAAACAUAAUGGAUUAUUAACAUUUGAAACGUGAUAAUUUUCUUAUCAUUCACAGGAGGGGCUGUCUGAAGAGCAAAUCCAAGGUAUGAGUAAAUUCAUAGCUUUCUUCACGAAUCCUGUAUUUAUCUUAUAUUUACAAAGCGAUCCUCGAUCUUUUCUUUCACGAUGGAUUAUGUUUCCUCACGAAUAAGAGCAAUUUUCAAUUAAUUGUCGUAAGUAACCAAAGAUUGCCUGGGUUUCGUUUUACUCCGCCCGUGAUUGGCCCAUAAAACUUACGCGACCCCCUCUACCAAUCAGGUCCCAAGCUAAGACUAAUUAAGACUUGGUUACUUGUGUUUUCCCACGCUUCAAUCAGCUGGAUCGUUCUUACUUGGAGCUCUUAUUGGCCCUCUGAAAUGUUUUUCUUCGCUCUGAUUGACUUCGGUGAUCACUUCGCUUUUGAUGGUGAGACACUCGCUCGGCGAUUAACGCUAUGGGUAAUUCGAAUAACUUUAAUUACGAAACAUUAGAUAACUUCAACUUUUCCUGUUUUGCUCAUUAUUGGUUAAUUUGCUAGAUACAAGCACUCAUACUGCCAUGCACUCUUCCGGGACCUAUUCCGGUCUUAACUUUAUUUACACUUUACGUCAAGAAUUGAGCAGAUUCCAGUUGAACGGACGAAGUGUUUCAUACAUAGCGCUUAGCAUUUCUCCAUUUUUUUUCUUAGAAUAUAAAGAUGCUUUUUACAUGUUCGACCGGGAUAAUAAUGGUUACAUUACUACUAGUGAACUGAAUUCAAUAAUGAGAACUUUGGGAUUCAAUCCAACCGAAGAGGACUUACAACAGAUGAUUUUCACAGUGGAUUACGACGGUAAAUGAAAAAUUAAUAACAUGGGUUGACAGUUUUUUUUAAACUUAUGAUCUGUUGGAGGACAAUUGCAUAGAUGACAUCACCAUGAAUGAAAUAAAGAGGUUCUAUGUUCUUGUGGGUCAGUUUUGUAAUGUAUCGCACUAAAUGUGGAAAGAAUAUCCAGGACAAACUCGGCUGCGCCUCGUUUGCCACCUUUUUUUUCCUUACCACAUUUUGACGUCAUUUUUGAUCUAGUAAUGAACAGACGCACGUCAACAUGAAUUCGAUUUGUUAAACAAACGAAUGAGGUCAAGAAAACUGCUAAUAAGUAUAGGGAGGUUACGAUAGGAAAUGAUUAUCUAUAUCUGUAAUUAAAGGCGUGACUAGAUCGACGUGGGGCGCACACCUACGGGGGUCUAAUAGAGAGGAUCUUAUGUGUAACCGUGUGCAUGAUUUUAGCCAUAUGACAUAAACUAGUUGUCUUGAAACUGAAAGCUUUCUUCUCCGGAUCUUCUUCGCAAACAAAACGAGGGGGCUCUUUUGCAAGAUAUCGAGUGACUUGCUUUUUAUCACGACAAUCAGCCACCAUAAACUAAAUAUGAAUGUUGAAUUAGAACCAUUUGUGUUCUUCGAACCAGGUGAUGGUAGAUUGAAUAUGGAGGAAUACAUUCAACUCAUGGAACAGCAGAAAAAACCCGAGGAGAAGGAAGAAGACAUCAUUCAAGCUUUUAGAGUUUUUGACUCAGAAAACAAGGGAUACAUUGACUCAUCUGAGCUGAGGGAACUUCUGGAAAAUAUGGAUUGGAAAGUCUCCGCAGACGACCUAAAAGAUUUGAUAACAAGCGCUAACCUACAUCAGGACAGAAAGAUCAGUCUGGAUGGUAGGAGCCCCGCACGUAUAAUUUAGGUUUAGAGAGCAUAAUGAUUAAAUUCGUGAAACUAAAACCGAAAUGAUUGCCUUUAGCGGCCAAUUAAACGAGGAGCCAACAAGAAGCUAGACUGAGUUAAUACACGUGAACGGCCUCAAGUUCAUCAGAGCUUGGGUUGCCGAUAUGCAUUUUGUUGUAGUUACAAAGUCUUUUAUCUCGUGCAUUUAAAGUGGAGAGAGUUGGAGGAGUUCUUUUAACCAAUAAAAAUGCAAAGUGAAGGAAACCCAUGGGAAUCCCGUCUUACUUUCGUUCGUAUCACUAAGGAGAAGAGGGUUCCUUUUUCUUAACCAUAAUUUGCAAUGUUAAUGGCGUGUUGCUCGGAGGACUUAUGAAGGAUCUCCGAAUUUCCGACCGUGAAAAAAAUUCACCUGGGUAAGGGAGGAUAAUGUUUUUUUUCAUAAUCACUCACUCGAUUCAAUUUUUUUCCUCUAACACAAAUUCAUGACCGUUUUACAGAGUUCGCUUGGCUUGUGGAACCUGAGGGAAUGCCAGUUAUAGAAGACAAAGAAGACAAUGAAACACAUGACGAUUGACUAACUUGCCGCACAAUGGGAUAGAAAUCUGCCUCACCUACCUUCUAGCGUCAUCUCGACCGUCACCGUUUCUCUCGUCGUCAUCUUUGUUGAAAACCAUAAUUAUCAUCAUUGAAAUCGUCAUCGUCAUCGUCACCACUAUUAUCAUGAUCCUUAACAGUCUCGCAAUAAUCGUCAUUUCAGUGAACAUGGUCAUGGUACCCAUUCGAAAUAAAUUUCUUUCGCGUAGUGUUACGUACCCCUGGAACUCAGCUCCUAUUUUCUCCUCACAGUGUAACUGGUAAUCCAAACAUCACGGUUAUGUUAAUGAAGGAAAUGAUUGCCUAUGGAUUCUCCUUAAUUGCCAGUGCCAUGGAAAAUGUAUAAAGAACAGUAUGGAGAACAUGUAUAUUGACUUUGGGGUCUAGAAGGUCAGUGCACGAGAUGUUUCUAGGUAGGAAAUUGAUAACAUCUCUUGCGUGACUUUAUUUCAUGAUGUAGUUCAUCCGCAGUAAGGUACCAACAGUUUAUAAAGGUAUUACUGAUAAUCACUAUUCUUUUGCACUUAUACAUGGCGUCAUUACGACUCCAACACUUCACUCCCUUACAAAGUUUUGAUUAUGCAUAUCUUCAUCAGAGAAGAAAAAUAUUAUAUUCUGUUCACGAAACCCAAAUAGUGGAUAAGAUCUUUUUUUUUUUUGAUUAACAAUCUUCUGUCCUUCUGUUUUCUUUUUUUCGAUUCAACACGGAUUGUUAAUUAGUUAAUAGUUUGAUAUACUUUAUAAACGUGAAAUACUUUCAGAUCGAAUCGAAAUUUGAAAGUGCAUCAUGGUUAAUGAUAUUAAAGAACACUGUUUAAGACUCCAUGUCUGAUUUUGUAGAGAGUUUGAAUUGUGUCGCUCAAGCCUUGUUCCUUUUAAAGAACUCAAGGUGGUUGCUACACAUUUCAGGAGAACGUUCUGAGCAUUCUCCCUCGAAAAAAUUAAACAACUUGCGCGUUUCCGGUCCCUAGAGGACUAGAAAGAAAAAGCGUACUUGAAUUGAAGCAGGCUUUGUGAAAAUAAUAUUCACAAUCAGACAGCAGAAAAGUCAUUUGCAUAUAAACCGAUUUGGCCAAAAUACAGCUGAACAAUUUCUUGUGACGA